GUGUCUGCUGCGCUCCAUUAAGACAACACUUAUUUACGUUGGGUGUCUGAGAGUAUGCACACACGAGCAAUAGGAUAUCUAGAAAUGACAAAGAGGAAAGGUUCUUAAAAUACAGGCCAGACGGAAUGCAAAAAAAAAUAUUUUGUGUCAUAAAUGUCAUGUUGGAGGCGAAAGUUCAAAGGUCAGCAUGGUGGAAGAGAACGUAAACAAACGCUCGGACACUUUCAGAUAUUGGUUGCAACUGGCUUUUCUCCUCGUCUUAAAAAUUCCAUUUCUAUGUUGCAAAUCUUUGGUUUUAAGUUUUUGUCCUGCAAAGCUGAAGGAUAUUUCAAAUGACAUCGUGUUGAUAACAGGCGGGAGCCGUGGGAUUGGACGACGACUAGCGUUGGAGCUCGCUAAAUGCAAACCAGAACACAUUGUGUUAUGGGGUCGAGGAAUUUCGAAUCUUGAGAUGACAGCUGCUGAUGUACGAAGCCUUGGCAUUAAAUGUUCUUACAUGUCCUGUGAUGUAGGAGUCAGAGAACAGAUAUAUGCUAAGGCAAAGGAGAUAAAGGACACCAUAGGUCCUGUUUCCAUAUUGGUCAACAAUGCAGGCAUAGUGAGUGGGCGAAAGAUUGUGGAAAGCGUAGAUGAGGAGUUGGAGGCUACAUAUGCAGUCAACACUCUCGCCCAUAUUUGGACAAUAAAGGCAUUCCUACCAGACAUGAUAGACAGACAGAGGGGCCAUAUUGUGACUCUCAGUUCCGUGUUAAGUAUGAUGAGUAUGGCUGGCCUGUCCGACUACUGCAGCUCCAAAUUUUCCAGUGCUGGGCUGCUAGACUCAUUAUACUGGGAGGUAGAGGAGUAUCCAGAUAUCUCCAUCACAUCUGUUCAUCCAUACCUGGUGACUAAUGACAUGUUCUCAUCACUGAAGCUAAGAUUUCCCUGGCUGAUUCCUGCCUUAUCAGAGAAAUAUGUAGCUGAGCGAACUGUCCGGGCCAUAUUGACGAAUACAUCAUAUGUUAUUAUGCCACGCAUCAUGUACAUCAUCAUCCUAGCCCAGAGAAUUUUUCCUGAGAGUAUCUUACUGCCCAUAUACAAAUUCCUGGGUACAGAUACAGCCAUGGACAACUUCUCGUCUCCAAAGUCGUCGCCAUCCAAGGUAAAAUCAAGUUAAAAACUGGUCAGUGGUCAAGAUGUGUAGUUAGACUUUGGCUGUGAUAUGUUUAAACCUGGUGAUCGGAAUUUCGACCAAACUGGAACUGUGAUGUGUGAAAUAGGAAGGGAGGAUAAAGAGAAACCAUUUCUUCAAUGUUACGUACUGUGAUUAGUCUCUAAGGACUGUGAUGUGUCAAACAGGAGAAAACAGAAAGACAUCGAUGUAUAUAAAAAUACCUAGUCAAUAUAGUUCUGAGGAGGUGGUGGUUGUAUAUCAUGUUAACUCAUUUUUUAAACAUUUAAAAAAAAAAUUGUCACAUGGGUGUUGGGCAUUUAAUACAGAUAUUUUUUAUUUUUUACAUUACCUUUAUAAGGCAAGCACCAUUUGUCAUAAGUGGAAAUGCUGAGAACUGCUGAAGCUAAUUCAUGAACUGUUGUAGUGUUUAUACAGCAUGCAUGCUUGGGAUUCUGAGGACCUUGUAGAGGGUCAAGAUGAAGAGCCAGAUGUUUUGUUAGCAAAUAUACUACUUCUGAACAAAAUGGAACUCCAUCAGUGGUGAUGUAACAACAAGAUUGUCUCUAAUAUAACAUAAACUUGUUAUUAACCUUGAGGAGCAUAACAACUAGACUGUCUCUAAUGUAACACAAACAUGUCGUUGAUUUUGAGGAGUAUACCACUAGACUAUCUUUAAAAUAACACAAAUUUGUCAUUGACCUUGGGGCGUACUAUUAAACUGUCUCUAAUGUCACACAAACAUGUCAUUGACCUUGGGGACAUACAGUUUGACUGUCUCUUAAUAUAACACAAACUUGUUAUUGACCUUGAGGAGCAUACAGCUAGGUUGUCUCUUAAUAUAACACAAAUAUGUCAUUGACAUUGAGGAGUAUACAACAAGACUGUCUCUAAUAUAACACAAACAUGUCAUUGACAUUGAGGAGUAUACAACAAGACUGUCUCUAAUAUAACACAAACAUGUCAUUGACCCUGAGGAGCAUACAACAAGACUGUCUCUAAUAUAACACAAACAUGUCAUUGACCCUGAGGAGCAUACAACAAGACUGUCUCUAAUAUAACACAAACAUGUCAUUGACCCUGAGAAGCAUACAACAAGACUGUCUCUAAUAUAACACAAACAUGUCAUUGACCCUGAGGAGCAUACAACUAGACUGUCUCUAAUAUAACACAAACAUGUCAUUGACCCUGAGGAGCAUACAACUAGACUGUCUCUAAUAUAACAUAAACAUGUCAGUGGAGUGUCCUUGAGGAGCCUAAUACCUGACUAUCUAUUAGGACACAAACAUACUUAUAGCCUUAGAGGGCAUUCAAUUAGACUGUCCCUGAUAUUGGCCCAGAGGAGAUUUUCAUUUUGGUGUAAAUGUACACAAAUAGAGUGUACAAGGAAAUUUUAAGUCUUACUGUUUCCUGCCUUUUCAUCAUGGUAUGACACAUGUAUUCACCUUUUAUAUAAGGUAUCUAAUCUGGUGCUACAAUUUCUUACAUUUUUUUUAUAAUUAUUGAUAUACAUUUAAAUGUAUGUUUAUAUAUUUGUUAUUUUCCUUGUACUCAGGGGGAUUUUUUGGUUCUCAGGAAGCUGAGAAAUAAACCAAUCUGUGCUGUUUUGGUUGUGGAUUAGGUUUACACAGAUUAUUCCAGGAGGGUAUAUGAUGCUCCCAUAUGUUGUUCAGUGAGGUAGCCACCAGCUUUAAAAGAAAACCCCACCACAAAAUGACCCUGGCUGAUAGCAGUUCCAUAAACAUAGCAAACAAAUGUUUUGUAUCCAAGACCCCUUAGGCAGUCAAUAUGAUUAAAACCUGGAUGUUACUUAGUGAUAUUUGUUUUGUUGUCCUUUGCUUCAGUUAUAUCUUUGGCACUUAUCCUAAUGCAAUGCUAAACAGUAUUAUCAUAUUCUAGGUACAUUAGAAACUACAUUCUUUCAACAAUAAGCCUAUGUCUGGUAAUAAGCCCGCCCAUAUUACCAUUAGUAAAAUUAUCAGGCAAUACUAUUUUAAUGAUUGUACUGUAAUAAGACCUGACUUUGUAUUAGAGAUAACAUUUUAGCUUCCUAGGGUCCUAUAAUAAGCCAAAUCUCUGAUAUUGUGUAAGAAGUAAUGUGUUGGCCCAUUGUUUGUACAAGUCUUAACAGUCUUAACAAGUUAUUUCUGAAAAAUUAUUGCAUUGUUAUAGUCUUGAAUUGAUCUUUAUACUUGUUAACCUACCUAAAUGAAAGCAAGUUUAUGCCAUGGUGCGGUGUCUUCCUGUCUGUCUGUUGUAUGUCCAGCUUCAAAAUUUUCCUGUUCCUUGAAACAACUUCUUUCCAAUGACUUAUAGGCCCAUUGUCAUGAUUUUGGCAAGUAGCAUUCUUGGUGAACAGCUGUCAAGUUUGUUGAAAUGAAAUACCUUGUCCCAUUUUCAAGGUAAGUAUGGUCAAAUGUUGAUUUGGUGAGUACCAUGCUGGGCUAGAAUUUCAAGUCUGUUCAAAAGAAUGACCUGGGCCUGCUUAUAAGUUCACAGUGGUCAAAUAUGUUAAAAUCUUAAAAACUUCAAACAUACAAAAUUCAGGGCCAUUGACCUCUCAGUAACAGAGUUAUUGCCCUUUGUUCAAAAUACCUUGUCCAAAGCAUAACUUUGCUUGUAUUUAAAGUAGGGUAAUGAAACUUGGUGUAUACAUUGAUCAUUUAAAGACAAUGUGCAUUGUAUCAAUGUUAGGGCCCACAACCCCUUAAUUACAGAUUUACUUUCCUUUGUUGAAAUUUUGUGGCUAGAGCAUUUCCUUUCCUACAUUUAAACUAGGAUAUUGAUAGGUGAUGUAUACAUCAGUCAUAGAAAAACAAGGUGCAGUGUAGUAAAAUCAGGGCCAAUGACCCUCAGUACAGAGUUUUUGCCCUUUGUUAGAAUUUUGUGUCAUGAGCAUGGCUUUGCUUGCAUUAAAACUAGAUGUGUAAAUUGGUCAUAAAAAGAGAAUGUGCAGUAUACCAAAUUCAGGGCCUGCAAUUACAGAAUUAUUGUCCUUCAGUAAAAUUUGUCAUUUCGGGAAGCGUUCAUCAGUUUCACUGAUACUCUUGUGAUUUUAGGUACCUUCAACCCUCACCCAUAAUGUCUGAUGUUGUAUCAUGUGAACCUGCAAUUAUCAUAAAGCUUUAUGUAUAGAUAAUACAUGUACAUGCAGAAAUUAAUGGUAUAUACAGGACUUCUUGCUUUGGAAUUUUUUCCAUGUGUGUUGUAAGAUUUAAUCUUUUUAAUUAACAUAUAUAUUGCUAUUCAUUUAAUGAUGGCCUUUCCCUAUGAAAUAAUGCAUAAUAAUGUGUACAUGUGAAACGUGCCUUUACAGACUAUAUAUCUAUUGAUGUGUACACAGGUGAUGAUCAAUGCUGACAUAAAUUGGUAAUAUUAUGUUUAUACCAAGUGUAACUAGUCUGACCAUAGCUUAAUGUAACCAUGAUGUGGUGAUGGGAUAUUGGUAGAAAGAUUGGCUUCUAGAAAUAGCUUUAUAGACAUAAUUUACUAAAGUUUUAAAAUACACACUGUUUAAUCUAAGCUUAUACAAUAGCUACAACAUUGAAAUGAAAAUGACUAUUUUGUGCACAUGAAAAUGAAAGUUUUCAUGUCUGGAAAUUGAAAACAGAUACUGUAUGGUUCAAUUAUAGUACCCAGUCACAAACAAACAUUGCUAAACAUGUUAAUUUAAGCCUAUUUAUCGAUGCAAUGUUUUCAGUAAUAUUUUGUGGGACAUAUUGUGUGACACUUCAUACUUCUUUAUUUUAGUUUCUAAUUUUAUUAAUAUUAUUUCCCAACCCGCAACAGAGAUAAAAAUAAACAUUUUCCUCAUGUUUUGUCCAAUUAU